UAUAGGUGGUCAACGAGUCACUGGUGGUAUUUUACGAUUUGAGGAGGACCACGUGGCAUAACAGGUGGAUAACAGAUCGGAAACGAGAGCACAACCUCGAGGAGCAGCAACAGGUGCCUCGCGUCGGAGCAGUGACUCCUGCCAGCACGUGGCGCUCGGGACAGAUGUUCUAACUUGUUUGAGAGGCCUAAGUAUGAGGUAACAGAACCCGUAGGUCACCUGGUACUCCUCUCGAGGCGUAGGUAUGAAGUGGUUCUCACGCGAAGGAGACUGACGUGACGUGAGCAAAUAGGAAGAUGCGAUGCUCUGACGUCACAGAUUUCCCCUCCGCCACUAGCGUGCUGGUUUAAAAUGGCGGUCACUCGUUGGAAGCCUCAGUCCGCUUCACCUCCUCCAGCGCCGUGGAUGUGUCGUAUUUCUUCCUCCUCGCCGAGCUCUAUUGACUGCGCUCUUCGCCUCCGUCCCAACGGCAAGAGGGGAAACUAAAGCAAUAAGAAAGCGUGUGUGAAGUGCGUGGAUAUUUUGUUUCGCCGUCUCCUCUCGCAAAACAAGAUGGAGUCCUACAGUUACGAAGACUUGAACGCUUCCUUCAGCCUGGAGCAGCCGCUCUUCGGCGCCUCCGAGUCCAUUGACACCCUGUGCGAAACCUACCUCAGCAACAUGGAGGCUUACUCCUCCGAUGUAAAGCACGCACAGAAAAGCCUCUUUGAGGAGAUGGAAGCCUUCUCCAAGAUGGAGAUUCACGAAUGGCGGGGCGAGGACUGCGUGGACUGGGCCGGCAGCGUGUGUCGUCGCCAGGGCCUCGACCAGACCACCGUCGACCUGUGGGCCUUCAGGAACACCUCUGGCAGCCUCCUUCAGCAGUUCUCCCUUCAGGACUUCUCCUCGCUCGUCGGGGAGAUCUACGGACCCCUGUUCUACAACGAGCUCCAGGCACUCCUCCGCAAACGCAGCGCAGGUUGCAGAAAGACCCAUGAGUCAGGGAUGUCUCUCUACGGCGGCGGCGACUACUCCUCCCCGGAAAUGGGCUACCCGAACGACGCCUGGGACCUCACCAGCGAAGACAUCCAGGAGUUGGACCGCUACAUUCGCCACGAGGAGAGCUGGGAUCCUCUGGUGGACAGCCUGCAGUACAUGGACCUUCAGGAGCAGUUCGGACCCAUUAAGUACGAGGAACCAGCUCUUUGUCCCGAACCCGUGGCCAUGAUCUCGGCAAACGCAGACGCCAAAGGAGCCAGCGACCCACUGAAGAAAAUCAGACCGGAAGCCAAGAAGAGAGAACGCGGCCCGAAGAACUGGGAGUUCGUGAUCCGCCUCCUGGCCGACCCGAGCACCAACCCGUCGCUCAUCCGCUGGGAGGAGCAGAGCGAGGGCACCUUCCGUCUGGUGCAGCCCACGACCAUCGCCAAGAUGUGGGGCCAGCGCGCAGACAAACCCAACCUUUCUUAUGAUAACUUCGCCCGGGGACUGAGAUACCACUACUCGACCGGCGCCCUCCAACCGGUGUCCGAGAAGCAGCUCGUCUACCGCUGUGGACCGAAGGCUCUCAAAUACUACAUCGAGCUGAAGCGUGGUCAGUGCUAGUGGCAGCGCUAGCGUGGUCGCUGCUAGGACGCGCGGUCGUCUAGUGCGCUCGAAAGUAUCGGCUGAUCACCUUUUUUUCCGAGGGACGUGUCGAUAUUUCCUUUUCGUUGUUAUUUUCUCUCGUUUCCAUCUUCCAUCUCUUUUUGUAUUGUUAUUGUUUUGUUUUUUGUUUUUUUUCUAACUCCAAUCUAUCGACUCUGCGUUUGCUCUAUUACUUCUUUCGCUUUUCACUUUUCUCUCGUUUCUUAAACGUCAAUUUUUUUCUCGUUCAGUCUAGGCGAUCUCGGACCCUUUCUACCAAAUCCUCUAACUCAUCCUAACUCAUCCCUUAUGCCUCAUCCACUCAAAACCUUCCGGUCGCCCUGAUACUCUCUCUCUAACCUUUCGCUCCUUACACUUUCUCCAUUUCUCUUUUCCUUUCUUUUCCUUUCUAAACUCUUUCUCCCUUCCUUCACAAUGCCAGUGUUAAUACAACCCAAAGAUUAGAGAGAAAUAUACUGAAACAGAUGAAAGAAACAUCGGCAGCAUAAGAAUGAAGAAGAAAAAGACAUGAUCUUUUCACACUUUCCCUAGAUUUUCACUAGGAAAUUUGUGAAAGCUGCUCACCUUCUCACGGCGGUUCCUCUCGGGGUCACGCGUGUACCUGAAAGCUUUUGUUAUGCUAUUUUGUUUUGUAUUUAUUUAUGUAUUGUUAAUGGCUUGUUUAACUAGGAGAUACGUUUGAAAAUAUGACACUUAUAUAUGCAUAUUUAUGUGUGUGUGUGUGUCUGUGUAUGUAUUAUGCAUGUAUGUAUGCAUAUGUUUAUGUAUGAGUGUGUGUGAUUUUAUUUUUGUGAAUGUGUGCCUGUGCUUGUUUGCAACAUAGUUAUUUAUGGCAUUCAUAAGUGCUUGAUAUUUUAAAGAACUACUAUCCAUCCAGAUUACCUGAAAAAAAAAUGUUAUAUUCACAUUCAUAUUUCUCACCUGAAUUCCACCACAUAGUCAUCAUAAGUCGAAGCUUCCUUUUUGACCACAUGCACAAACCUGAACCUUUUGUGGGUACAGUUCUUUUAGGAUGUCACAUUAGACAGCUGACAUUAUAAACUUUCAUUUACGAAUUUAUUAUCUAUUCAUCGCAUUUAAUUAAUUUAUUUGUCUCCGUGUAGCUAGAUAUUUAUACUAUAAUUUAUUGUCGCUAUAAUCUAUUAUAUUAUGAUUCAUUGUCACUCUAAUCUAUUAUACUAUAAUUUAUUGUCACUAUAAUCUUUUAUAUGGUGAUUCGUUGUCACUCUAAUCUAUUAUACUAUAAUUUAUUGUCACUAUAAUCUUUUAUAGUGUGAUUCGUUAUCACUUUAAUCUAUUUUGCUAUAAUUUAUUGGCUGUGAUAGGGUUAAGACGAUGCUUAAUAAACAGACCACGUAUGUACGUACCUUCUAAGAAGGAUGAAUACAGUACGUCAGGUCUUUAUAGAAUGUAUUUCCUUGUGGAAAGAAACGUAAUAAACUAUUUAUAUGAAAA